GUUGCACCCGGGCGGAGUGCGGCCGCGACGGGGCGGGCGGACUCUCGGGCGCUCAGAGCUAGCCUCGGGUCUUCGGAGCCUGGCGCUCGAACCUCCCUUCCGACCUCCACCCGGACCCCGACCCCGACCCGGCCUGGCCCGGCCCCCGCCCCCGCCCCCCGGGCCGAUGGACUACUCCUACCUCAAUUCGUACGACUCGUGCGUGGCGGCCAUGGAGGCGUCGGCCUACGGCGACUUUGGCGCCUGCAGCCAGCCCGGCGGCUUCCAAUACAGCCCCCUGCGGCCCACCUUCCCCGCGGCAGGGCCGCCCUGCCCCGCACUCGGCUCUUCCAACUGCGCGCUUGGCGCCCUACGCGACCACCAGCCCGCGCCCUACUCGGCAGUGCCCUACAAGUUCUUCCCAGAGCCGUCUGGCCUGCACGAGAAGCGCAAGCAGCGGCGCAUCCGCACCACGUUCACCAGCGCGCAGCUUAAGGAACUGGAACGCGUCUUCGCGGAAACUCACUACCCCGACAUUUACACACGUGAAGAGCUGGCGCUCAAGAUCGACCUCACUGAGGCUCGCGUGCAGGUCUGGUUCCAGAACCGCCGGGCCAAGUUCCGCAAACAGGAGCGCGCGGCCAGCGCCAAGGGCACGGCGGGCACGGCGGGCGCCAAAAAGGGCGAGGCGCGCUGCUCCUCCGAGGACGACGACUCUAAGGAGUCCACGUGCAGCCCCACGCCCGACAGCACCGCGUCGCUGCCGCCGCCGCCGCCUGCACCUGGCCUGGCCAGCCCACGCCUGAGCCCCAGCCCGCUGCCUGUUGCCCUGGGCUCCGGACCGGGGCCUGGGCCGGGGCCACAGCCGCUCAAGGGCGCAUUGUGGGCCGGCGUGACGGGCGGUGGGGGCGGUGGACCCGGCGCCGGCGCAGCCGAACUACUUAAGGCCUGGCAGCCGGCCGAGUCGGGCCCCGGGCCCUUCUCCGGGGUUCUGUCCUCCUUUCACCGGAAGCCCGGCCCCGCAUUGAAGAACAAUCUCUUCUAGCCGCCGGCCUCUGGAGGCUCCUAGCCUGCCCCCUGCCCCUCCAGGAACAGACAGCCCCUCCCAUCCUGGCCGCCCAUCUGGAAGUUGCUACCCGUCCCCACUCUCUACUGUCUCACCCCUGGGUGUGUCCUCCCCAAUUCUGGAGACCAAGUCAGGGCCACUCUCGUCCUCACCCACCCUCUA